GCGGAGUGAUCUGCAGCACGGACUACACCCAAGGCGCUGUCUGGAUGCACAUCGGCUUUUCUUCGCCCCCUAAAAAAAAAGCAGAUCUCGGCAGCACGCAGCUAAGCGCUAUUUGGACAGAGGCGAGGCUCGAAUCUGGUUCUUCAAACCUUCUUUAACCUUAAAUCCAUCCAAAGAGUCUCUGUAAAGCGUCGUAAUAUUAUUAUUUUUGUUUACAAAUUGCAGCAGACAUGUCUUGGCAAAGCUACGUGGAUAACCUGAUGGCCGACGGCUGCUGCCAGGAGGCCGCCAUUGUCGGUUACGGGGAUACCGGUAAAUACGUUUGGGCAGCGUCAAAAGGGGGCUGUUUUGGCUGUAUAACGCCCGAUGAAAUCGAUGUCAUGAUUGGCAAGGACCGGGAGGGCUUCUUCACCAGUGGGCUGACCCUAGGGAAAAAGAAGUGCUCUGUGAUCAGAGACAGCCUGUCGAUCGAUGGCGACUGGACUAUGGACAUCAGGACGAAGAGUCAUGGUGGUGAGCCGACCUACAACGUUGCUGUAGGCAGAGCAGACAAAGUAUUGGUUUUAGUCUUGGGAAAGGAAGGUGUCCACGGAGGACAGCUCAACAAGAAAGCAUACACCAUGGCUGACUACCUGAGGAAAUGUGGAUACUGAAGCAGCCCUCUUUCCAUCCACACAGCAGCUCACUGUAACAUCCCAUCCCUUUCUCCUUCAUUCCCCUCCCCCCCACACCUUCACAGCACUAGAUACUUAAUGGAUGCAUCAUUGUCUAUCCAGACCCUUAACUACUUUUUUAUAUAUACACCUCUUCCCUCUAUUUAGCAUACCUAUCAAUUCCUGUUUCCCCUCAUCCUGAUAGUGCCACAAAACAAGCAUGUUCAUUUAUCAAGGAUUAAAAUGAAAACAGUACUGUACAUAAAGCAUUUCAGACGAUUGGGCUUUUCAAAUUGCAUCAAGUCACUGUCCAGUUUUCCUGAGGCGCUUGUCUAGUGGUCCAUCGAUGCCUAUUGAGUGCUUUGAGCCUUGCUGAGCUGUUGGUCUUCCCUAGUGACUUUUUUUUUUCUUCUCCUUUCCAGCAUGGCCAGGAGGGUUUAAAGUGCAUGCAUAUCUUUUAGCUCAAUAUCAAACACCAAACUACCAUACACUACACUACACUACCAGUGUCCUCCAAACAAAAAAUGAAUUGAACCACACUACAUAAUUCUUGCCUUUAUACUUGGAACCCAUUUUAUUCAAAAUACAUCCAGUGCUUUUACUGUUGUAUCUGGAAUGGUGUUGAGUCCUCAAUGUAAUGUUGGCUUUUUUUUCCUUUCAAAUGUGAUGGCAGAUCAGCAUUUACAAUGUCAAGGUUUAAAACAUAAAUUGCUUCUGGACUCUAAGGACAUUCCAUCACUAAUAUAGCCACUUAGCAAUUUAUUUACCAGCUAGUGAUUUUGAUUUUUUUUUUUUUUUAAGCACUGCCCUUACGAUGUAACUCUGGUUUGGUGUCCAUUCACAUGUAGAUAUUAUUUUUCUCCAGUAGGACCAAUUCUCUUCUUUUGAGGAUUAAUGCAUUACUGAAGGAUCGACUGCUAGUUUCAUCUGUUUGUAGAACACUUAAACAUUUCAAAUGCACAGUGUAACACUAACCUCUUGACAGUUCACUAGUAAUGGUAUCCAUGUCUUGAGGAGCAAAGGAUUACAAAGCUCAGAGUAACUACCUGAGGUGCCCCCCUCCCCCCUCUCUUGACGGUCUUGAAUAGAUGAAAUGGCAGUCUUCUUGUUGACUUGAUCAUUUAUAACCCUCUUGUCCUGUUAAUCUGUCCGUUUUCAAAUAUGAAGUCAUUUGUGCUUUAUGCGACUGAGAUGUAUCAACUUGUCAUAGCACGGUACAAUUUCAUUAAAUAGGCAAAAAAAAAAAACACUGAAGUAACUGUACACUAAAUUUUUCUGGGUUAUGAAGGUAUUAGUUAAAGAAGGAAGACCACUAGUUGGUUGUAUUGUUAACUUUAAUCAAAGCAGUGUAUCCUGUGCCAUAAUAUAGAUCUGAUCUGUUGCUACUGUGAGAUGGAUUUUAAAACCGCUGCCUUGUAAAGAGUCGAUUCUUGAAUGGCACCUUCUUUGGGAUAUGACAUUAAAAAUUUCAAACUCUCCAGGGCUUGUGGAAUAUGUACAGAUUAAAGUGAAACCAUGUCAACAAAUGUUCAUUUCUCCUUUUUUCAUUUCACCUGAUUUGAUUGAAAUCCUGACCAGCUGACUAUCUAUACAACCCAAUUUUGCGUGGAAAAAUGCCAUGAAUUAACCACCUUGUUUACAGACAGAUCAAAUAAAUCUAUUCCAACCAGAA